AUGAUGCGUUGGAUCCUGCUCGCGCUGCCGUCCCUGCUGGCUCAGGCGAGUUCAGACGACCAGACGUGCAGAGUGAUAGGCCAGACCGGGUUCACCGAGUUUUUCAAGGGGGGCGAUCUGAUGAUCGGAGGCAUCUUCUCCAUGAGCAGCACUCGCAAACACGUCGAUAACAAUUAUCAGGCUUUUCCUUAUGCCUACUGCACGAAGUUUAAUGACAGAGAGCUGAAAUUUGCCCGGACCGUGAUCUUCACUGUGGCAGAGAUCAACAACGACACCAAUCUCCUCCCUGGGGUGACGCUGGGCUACAGCAUCUUCAACGGCUGCGGAGCAGAAAACCUGAUACGAGCCGCCGUUGAAGCUGUAACAGGACACUCUCAGGCCUGCAGCCGGAGAAUCCAGGCUGUCCUGGGUCACUCGUCCUCUGGGGUCAGUGAGGACAUCAACCUCAUUUUGAGUCCUCUGUCCAUCCCACAGGUGAGCUACCUGUCGACCUGCGCCUGUUUAAGUGACAAGAAUCUCUACCCCACGUUCUUCAGAACGGUGCCAAGUGACCGCUUCCAAGCGCAAGCUCUGGUGCAGCUCAUGAAAUCUUUCGACUGGCGCUGGCUGGGCAUCAUCUACUCCGGCACGUCCUACGCCAGAUCCGCCGUGGCCGACUUCGUAAGCGACGCCAUGAAAGAAGGCAUUUGUGUCGAGUAUGAAUUGGUCUACUCCAUAACGUCAGUUGAGAACUUUGAAGCCGUUUUGGCGGCGCUCAGAAGCUCCACAUCCAAGGUGGUUCUGUUGUUCAUGUCUCUGAGAAACACUAAGUCGUUUCUGUCGAGAAUCGAGCCGCACAACAUCACCAUGAAGCAGUGGGUGGGGAGUGAGGCCUGGAUUACGCAACAGGACCUGAGCUCCGUGAAGAGGAAGAAGAUUCUGCAGGGAGCGAUGGGCUUCGCUCUGCCAAAGGCCUCAAUUCCGGGCCUGGGUGAAUUCCUACUCAGUUUAAAACCAUCCGACGAGCCUGACAGCACUGUCGUGAAAUCUUUCUGGGAGAAGAGCUUCGACUGCACCUUCUCUCCGUCCAACACCACGACACAAUGCAACGGUUCCGAAGAUCUGACCACAGUCUCCAGCGACUACACAGAGGUUUCCGUGUUCCGACCUGAGAACAACGUCUACAAAGCGGUCUACUUGGUCGCCUACGCGCUUCAUGCUCUGCUGGAGUGCCGGAACGGUUCGAACCCUACCACCGGGAAACCUUGUGUGAGCAUAGGUCAAGUUGAGCCACGGCAGGUGCUGGAGCACAUUCACCUUGUGAAUUUCACAACUCAAAACGGCGCCAAGGUCGUCGUCGACGAGAACGGAGAUUCCGUGGCACAGUACGACCUUGUGAACUGGCAAGUGAACCAGGACGGUUCGGCUGACAUUGUGAGUAUUGGACAGUACGACACAUCCUUUCCAGGAGGGGAGAAGUUCAAACUGAAGGAGGACGUCCAAAUAUCCUGGGGAGGCGACAGCAAAGAAGUGCCGAGGUCCGUGUGCAGAGAGCCGUGUCCUCCGGGAACUCGGAAGGCCAUCAACAAGAAGAAACCGGUGUGCUGCUUUGACUGUUUCCAGUGUCCGGAGGGAACUAUGAGUAACCAAACAGAUGCUCCAGACUGUGUGGCUUGUCCUCCAGAGUUCUGGCCGAACGAGAAGAAAGAUAAAUGUCUGCCAAAGCCCACAGAGUACCUGUCCUACAGAGAGAUCAUGGGCGCUCUCCUGACAAGCCUCAGCUGCUUUGGUGUGUUUCUGUCCCUCCUGGUUUCACUCAUCUUCAUGACUCACAAGGAAACGCCGAUCGUAAAAGCCAACAACUCGGAGCUCAGCUUCCUCCUGCUCUUCUCCCUCAAGCUUUGUUUCCUCUGCUCUUUGACCUUCAUCGGGCAGCCCACCACGUGGUCCUGCAUGCUGCGGCACACAGCGUUCGGAAUCACUUUUGUCCUUUGUAUAUCCUGCAUCUUGGGGAAGACUAUCGUCGUCUUGAUGGCGUUCAAAGCUACACUUCCGAACAGUAAUAUCCAUAAAUUCUUCGGGCCUUUGCAGCAGCGCUGCAGCGUCUUCACCCUCACGCUCAUACAGGUGGUGUUUUGUGCUAUCUGGCUCAGCACCAGUGCUCCAUUUCCAGCAAAGAACAUGAAAUACUACAAAGAGAAGAUCAUCCUGGAGUGUGCACUGGGCUCAGCGGUGGGAUUCUGGUCGGUUCUGGGUUACAUCGGACUUCUCGCUCUGUCGUGUUUCAUCCUCGCCUUCUUGGCCAGAAACCUGCCAGACACGUUCAACGAAGCGAAACUCAUCACUUUUAGCAUGUUAAUAUUCUGCGCGGUGUGGAUCGCGUUCAUCCCGGCCUACGUCAGCUCCCCGGGGAAGUUUACCGUGGCCGUGGAGAUUUUCGCCAUCCUGGCCUCCAGCUUUGGGCUGCUUGUGUGCAUUUUUGUUCCUAAGUGCUACAUUAUUAUUUUUAGGCCUGAACGAAACACGAAAAAGCACCUCAACAGAAAAAUACCGGCAAGAACUCUUUAG